AGUCGCCAUCGGCACGUGCUGCAGUGCAACAGCUCAAAGUGCAAAACGAAAAAUAAAUAUAUCGUAUAUAUAAUUUUUCCUACAUAUUUAUACAAUAUAUAUUUACAUAAUUGUUAAAUCAACAAAAAAGGAAAAUUUUAUUAUUAUUUCUAUUAUUUAUUAUAAACAGCUGUUUUAAACUCGCUAUACAAAAACUCAGUGUAAAUUAUCCUUAAGUCCAGACAAAGCCUGCGCAUAAGCAAUACAAAAAGUGUUUAUUGUUGUUGUUGCGGCAUUUGAUUACAUAGCUUUUGCAUAAGUAGAUAGUAUAUAUUGUUUUUCUUCGCGCUGCCGGCAAACAAUUCGCCUUCGUCGUGCAGCAUCCGCCAACGAAGCGUACCCAACAGCGCUGACUGUUUGGCUAACAGCCCAAAUGUACAGACAGAUAGUUAUGUAUGUACAUAAGUGCAUAUGUAAGUAUAUUGGCCAUUUCGCUGUUUGACUUGUGGUGAAAAUUCAAAACUACACCAGUAUUGCUGCAGAAUCGAGGGUCAUAGGACAUAUGUAAGCGCAGCUCCGAACAAAGAAUGCAAAAAAUUUAAAUAAAAUUAGAUUAAAAAUCUAUCUUUUAAUUUAAAUUUGAUGUGUGUGCAUAAUAAUAUAAUAAUAUAAUAACUAUGAAAAAGUGCAUGAUAUUUCCGACUAACGAAUGUAACCGUAAAUAUGCUGUAAAUAGAAUUUUUUAGAGGAUUGCAUAUAACAUGAAAGAAAUAUAAUUGUUUCAAAAAACAUAUACUAAGAAAUACUAAGCGAAAAUGUCUUCGAAGCAGCGUGGUGAGGAAACAUAUCGACGCAUCACACGCGAAAAGCUGGUGCUGCGCGGCAAUACUGCCAUUCGCACCUUAGAUUCCACCACAUCCUAUCUGCCGUUGCUGCCUGGUACCUCCACAACACCGCCGACGGGACUCUCGCAUGUGGCACGCAUGAUGGACUCAUUAAUACUAGAUCAAUAUCCACCAUUCGCAUUCACAAAGAUCACAACCACUCAUCGGCCAUCACGAACUGGGAACAACAAGAAAACCGAAACCACACGCACAACCACUUUGACUGGUCUUUCGCCCAGCAACGCGACUACCUUUGGCGCUGGCAGCGGUAUUGCGGCAGGAGGUCUACGAAAAACGCGCAUACCAACACAAGAAGUACCCCCACAGCCACGCCCCAAUACAAAUUUGCCACCAACAGUCGGCGCCACAAAUCCACUUUAUCAGAAUGUCAACGGUGGCACUAACAGCAGCGGCGUUGGUGGUAAUAAUACACACAUACAAUUCCCAAAUCAUAAUGAUAACCGUUGGAUUUCAUCGUUACGUCGAUCCCGCGAUCCCGAACUACAGCCGACACUGCCUUCGAUCAAUUUGAGCCAUCACGGUAGCGCACAUAAUGUGGGCGGUAGCCUGAGCACCAGCACUGAUAAAGGGCGCAGUUCGCGCAGCAUUAAGACGUCGACUAUAGCGGCUACGCGCAAGAGUCGCAGUGUGGAACGUAUUCGAGCACGCAAACUUACCACACAAAUUAAACUCAAGGAUAAACCGAAGAAGAAUUCAAUCGAUGAGAAUUCCAAUUCGGAUGAUCAGGAAAUUACAUCACUAGAGGAGAACUCUACGUCACAGAAUACGCCGAAGUGUUCGCCAAAAACGAAAACGAAAAUAUUCUCACCCAUCGGCUAUGAGUCACAUUUGGUAGACACACUGGAAAAGGAUAUAUUACAGCGUAAUCCAGGUGUUAAAUGGAGUGAUGUAGCUGGCUUGAAUGAUGCAAAGGCCAUAUUACAAGAAGCGGUUGUAUUGCCGAUCAUUAUGCCCGAUUUUUUCAAAGGUAUACGACGACCAUGGCGUGGCGUAUUGAUGGUGGGCGCACCAGGUACUGGCAAGACUAUGUUAGCCAAGGCUGUGGCCACGGAAUGUGGCACGACUUUCUUUAAUGUCUCCUCGGCGACACUAACCUCAAAAUAUCGUGGCGAAAGCGAAAAACUGGUGCGUCUAUUAUUCGAGAUGGCGCGCUUCUAUGCGCCGAGCACAAUUUUCUUUGACGAAAUUGAUGCGUUGUGUACAUCACGUGGCAGCGAUUCGGAACACGAGGCGAGCCGGCGAUUUAAGGCAGAGCUGUUGAUACAGAUGGAUGGUUUGAAUGCAACUCUGCAGGAUGAUAAGAUCAUUAUGGUUUUGGCGGCAACUAAUCAUCCCUGGGAUAUUGAUGAGGCUUUCAGACGACGUUUCGAGAAAAGGAUUUACAUUGCACUUCCAAAUGAGGAGACACGUUCCGCUCUACUCAAACUCUGCCUCAAGGAUGUUCGUCUCUCACCCAGUUUAGAUACGAAUCUCAUCGGCGACGAGUUGACAGGAUACUCGGGCUCGGAUAUUAGUAAUGUCUGUCGUGAUGCGGCUAUGAUGGCGAUGCGUCGUCUAAUCAUCGGACGCUCGCCAUCGGAAAUUAAGGAGAUACGCCGAGAGGACAUAGAUCAACCAAUAACAAUACAGGAUUUUAAAGACGCUAUGGAACGUACGAAACAAUCAGUUUCUUUGGACGAUGUGGCACGUUUUGAAAAAUGGAUGGAAGUCUAUGGUUCAUGUUAAACUAAUCUAGACGCUCAGAGCAAAACAUUGCUCUUAAAUUAUAUUAAUUAAUCACAUUGAAAUCUUAAAAUCAUAAUAAGCAAUAAAUUGUAGAAAUUUAUUUAAACUAAGCAACAAAGCGCUCAAUAUAAAAAUGUGCAGAAAGAAAAUACAUACAUUAGGGUGUCCGUCAUUUACAAGUCAAUUUCUUUUCUACGCAAAUGCCACCUGAUGUUUCAGUUUUGCGCUAAAAUAGUAUCGAACGUAAAGAUCUAUUUAUUUUCAAUUAAAAUCGUGUCUAAAUAAUUUUUUUGAGAUUUUUUGAUAUUAUGUUACAAAGUUUUUAUCUCCAAAGCAAAUAAAUAUAUUGUACUAUAUUAUACAAUUUGAAAAAGUGCAAAAAAACUGUAUUCAUAUAGUACACCAUGUGGUAUGAGCAACACAGAAUGUGUAAAUCACUUGUGUGAAUGUUCAGGUCAUUUGAUGUAUAACUUUAACUGCAUAUAACUGUUAAAGGAAUGUUUUUAUGAAAAAAAACAAACUUUUUUUAGAGCGAAAAAAUUUGCAUUAGUAUAUUACUUUCCUAAAGUUGUAAAUUUACUUGCUUAAACCAAAAUAUCAAAAAAUCGCAUGAUAUAUGUACAAGUAUACAUGGGCAAAGAAAAAUGUUUUAGGCACGGUUUAAAUUUAAAAUAUAGAGCUUAUUUACGUUGGAUUCUUAUUUUUAAGUUAAAAACUGAAAAAGAGGGGGCGUUUGCAAAAAAACACAAUCAAUUCACCAAAUAACGGACACUCUAAUACUACAUAUAUGUGAGCUGUAUUUAGUGUAUGACUUUAAAAUUUAGAAAAACUUCCAUAGCUCAUAACCAUUGUAUGGACUUGUAAUAGGGAUUUCUAAUUUUCGAUUCAAUGUUUGACCUUUAUCAUUAGUUAAAAACAAGACCUGUAUUCGCUCAAAAUUUCGAAAACCCACCAUUCCUAACCCAAUACAUUGUCCUAUUUCCUAAUUCAAAUUUUAACAAAUGAGCGUACGCAAAAUUCACAAGUGAUUAUUACAUAACCAUUUAUAAGCAACUAGUCGAUAAACUAAACAUUUUAUAUAAACAAAUUUAUAAAUUUAAUAUUAACAUGGUAAAUGUACGUAUAUUCGAAUCAAUAAAUUUACUAAUAUCUAAUGAAA